CGAUCGUCGGCGCCCGCGCACAGUGAACGGCUAAACUGCGCAGUGUUCACUCAGAGUUCAGCCGCUAAUGUUCUUGUAAACGGUUUAUUUUGAUAUUUUUACGCGUUUUAACUGAUUUUUGUAACAGUUUUAUUGGAUUUUAUAACAUUCCUAAUACCGUGGCCGCCAUGACAGCUAAACAGAACCGCUGCUGUGGUAUCAACCUAAGACCACUAUGUUUCAUGAUCGGAUACAUGCACUUGAUCUCAAGUGUGGUGGACGUCGUGUGUCAUUUGUUGACAGUCGCAAUUGUCACGAAAGGGUUCCAAUGCGAUGUGAACAACGAGAGUCUCCAAGCAAUCUCUAUACCAUGGCUAGAACCAAUUCUCAUAGUUUUAAACCUGGGUACCCACGGCUUCUACCCAUACCCUAGAGUCUUCCGCAACCAGUACCACAUCUACGUGGAACACAUGUCCGUGCCCACUGAACCGACCUGCUACCCUGGGAUGCUCCACAUCUACCUCAUUGACUUGCUGAACUUCCUCAUCAACUUGAUCUGGCUCAGGAUUGUUAUUUCUUAUGUUGGUGCUGUACAUAAGAAAGAACCGGAGCCUAUGCGCAUGUUCCUGAGCCUGUCAGUGGUGAAGCUGGUGAUGCAGGCCAUGUACUUCGGCUACCAGCCCUUCUUCUACGACUUCUAUGCCAUCGAGACCGUCUGGUUCUUGAAGCUCACUGAUAUCUUGAUCGCCAUCAUCUUCCUGGUAAUUGUCCAGAAAUACACCAAAGCCCUGAGGCUAGAGAAAGCGGCUAGCCAAAACGUUGAAAAGCCACCAUCUUACAUCGAAUGCCUGAUCAAUGGUUCUAUGCCACCCAACUAUGAAGUUAAAGAUGAAGUGGUAAUCGUUGAUGAAGAGAAAAAACAGCCAAUAGGAGACGUUGAAAAGUCCUGAUUGGUUGAAUAGAAUAUGUUAGCUUUAGUCUAAGAUAGAAGAUAAUCGAAUGCUGGCUGUUUGUCUAUUUAAAUUACUAUAGAAAAUGGUAAAGAAAAAAAAAUGUGUUGAUGAGUCUAAAAACUAAAAGAAAACAUAUCUUAGAGUGUAUCGUUCUGAUUUAUGUGAUAAAUCUUCGUCUUCAAAAACUUUCAAUUAUAUAAAGUUCCAAUAUUUUAUAGCUCAAGAAUGACUGUUGUUAUAGUUUUGGGUGUAAUGUUAAAUUUAUCAUUUAUUGUACUUUUUUCAAUGUUGUCCAAGUCGAAGAUGACAUAGAAAAAUCUAUCGUCGAAAUUAGCAAAGUUUUUGAAAGUUUGCUCUUGCUCUAAACCAAGACUUAUUAUUAUAUUCGUAGUGAUAUUUUCUUUUGUAUUGUGUUAAGCAUUAAUAUCACUUUCGUAGUAAAAACUUCUAAUAGCUUCUAGUAUAAUUUGCCUAAUCAUUGCAAUCUAAUUGCUAUUGAAAUUGGCACCAUCCUAUAAAAAUCUGGAACAAAGUGGUUCUGACCGGGAGUAACCAAGUUAAACCAGUUUCAGCUAAUUGAAUCUGGUAAGUUCCGAUUUUAUGAAAUCUCGCCUUUUGUAUUAAUUCUAUGUUUCAUAAGAUUUGUAUUCCUUUACUUUAAGUUUGUUUAAGUAUUACUUUUUAGAUAAAUAAUGAUAUUUAUAAAUUAAUUAUAUUAUUGUUCUGAUCUUUUCUAGAUCUCCAUGAUAUUCUAUUCAGAAAAUAAUUUAUGAUUGAGUAUCGAAUGAAAAAUUAUGUUUUGUAAUGCGAAUUUAAUAAAUUUCAUAGAAACUAA